AUGGAGAACGAGUCCUGCUAUGGUGGAGGCGACAUCGCCGGGGCCAUCUUCGGGACGCUGCUCGCGGUGGUCCUGAUGGGUGUGCUCCUCUGGUGGUUGUACCGGAAGAACUACAUCUUCAAACGUAAAGACCCCCAGCUGAUGCCGGAAGACCCGGAGGCGACGGCGAAGGGCGAGUAUGCGUUCGACAAUCCGGCGUUCAAGACGACGGAGGCUGGCGGCGCGGCCAGCAACAGUGGAGCGGGAAAUGCGCCUGCCCCCAACAAGACCGGUUCGCCGCUCGAUCCGAGCUGGACGUCGAAGCAAAACACCAUCGAGAAGCGCAAAACCGUCGACGACAGCUACGUGACCGCGUCCACACCACGGCUGGUGGCGCUCCGUGGUUCCGACUUCACCGGGCUCGGUGUCGAGGUUUACGGUGGGCUGAAGGAGGGAAUUUUUGUCAAGAAGGUGAUGCCCCAGGGUCCGGCCGCUGGUCUCGUAAACACAGGUGACAGAAUUACGAGCAUCACCAUCGACUUCCGUCACAUCGUACAGGAGGACGCGAUGACAAUCCUGAGCUACGCUUCGCCAUAUAACGUCCAGCUGGAGCUGGUCAGUGGCACGAAGCCAAUCGUACCGCAAACGCAAAGCCCUAAGCCAGGCCAUCAAAGCCUAACGCACCCACUGUAUCGCUCGAGCAGUCAAUCAGAUUUGAAUACGAUUGAACGGAACUCGCGUAAGAAGCUGUUCCCGAGCGAAGACUCACCGUUGAAGAUGGACAACCGUGCCGCAAGCCCGACCGCACUCAACAAGGUGCUCCCGACGGUCCACAAAGAGAACGAACGUGAGCCGAAGAAGCAUUCGUUCAAGCAGCAGAUGAAGGAGAUGAUCGAAGAGAAGUUCCAAUCGAAGCACGCCGAUGUCGACCGGAAGGGUGGUUCCAGUGCGACCACGCCGACCGGAACGAGCGGCGAUGAACCGGCCGGCAAGAAGGGACACAAGUUUGGCAUUCGCGUCUUCCCACCGUCGGUCAACGAUAAGCUGUUUGGAAAGAGCCCGACCAAGAUGCAGGCGGACAACGAGAAUAACUUCAACAUCGAGAAGAAAGAGUCGGACGACAGCAAGCGGGCCGAGGAGCAGUCGUCCUCACCACCGCCGGUGGUGAAGAAGCGCACCAAGGAGCCGAAAAUGGUACCGGACGUGGUGGCUGCCGGUUCGGAUGAGAAGGUGGUGAAGCUGGCGGUCGAGGGUUCGAAUGAAUUUCAGCGUCAGAACAGUCUCACGUCGAGCGGGAUCCGUCGGGAUGCAGCUGGCAUACCGCAGGAAGUACCCAGCUUCAUGAUGCAGGCAGCAAAUGCGGCCCGAGACAAUCGCAAAUCGGCGGGUGCGGCUUUGGCGGCUUGCUCGACCGCGGACGCGGACAACAAGCGCAAGGGAAAGGCACCCCGACCGCCGCAGAACGAAGCGGAGCUGGACGAGAGCACCGUCACCGUGGACACCAACCUGAGCAGCUUCGAUAUGACCGAAAACGGAGGCAGUCGCGUGAUGAUGACGCUCAACGGUAGCGGCGGCUUGGACAUGCCGGACUGCACGAAGGAGCCGGACUCGAGACGGAUGAAUUUUUCCGACAACUUUGCCGAGGAAGUGUUGAACUGCACGAUCGACAGCAUCAACAAUAUUGAGCAAUUUAACGAGACGGGCCCUAGCAACAGCUCGACUCCGAAGAGCGAACGCAAGCAGACGUCAGACGAAAUCAUGAUGGCGGGCGAGUUCCGUCCGUCUGGAGGAAAUCAUGCAUCCGACAUCGAAGUUCUACCGCGUGGAAACACAAUCGAGCUGAACUCCAGCGACAUUACCGUCCACCAGAGCUCGCCGAGUCCGACCCCGGCCAGCAGCAGCGUGGAGGACGACGAGCAACCACCGUCGAUGGACGAGAGCAACCGACGCACGGCCAGCCUUGGCGACCUGUCAAAGCUUGCCGAGAAGCCGCACUCCAACGGUACGGGCAGCAACAGCAACACGCUCGAGCGUGCCCAAAGCCUGGAGAUAACGGGCGAUUCGGCGAACGUGACGGUGGCGAACGGAACCGGCGCCGGUGGUGACCCGGCCCAGCAGCUCGAUGGAGCGAAGAAGCGAAAGAUUUCUUCUGAGAUGGGACAAGCAUCGUUGGACCCGAAGCUGGAUGCGGCCGAAGCGCUCAACUCGCUGCAGCGCAACCGUCUGAAGGGUGCGUCGGCCUGGGGUAAUCUAGAAGAUGCAUACAACUCGGGCGAACUGCUGAACGGAAGAAUGGUCGACGAGGAGGAGGAGGAGGACGAGGAGGAGGAGAGACCGGAGGACGGUGGCACGGUACUGAUGGCUCAGGUUGUGGUGGUGAAGGAAACGGAGAAGCCAAUGAAUCAGGCCAUCAUCGUGGCGGAGGCACCGAAAAAGCCACAAAUGGACGAUCGUGAGGAACACGUUUCGCUGACGACGAUCGGUGGUGGGGUCAAUUACGGACCGUAUGUAGGGGACGAGGAGAAGAAGCCCGAUACGAACAUCCCGGACGAUGUGAAGGUAUCCCGGUACCCGUUCGGUAGCCUCGAGCGGCCUAAGUCGGACGUGCUGAAGAAACUGCUUGGCCAGCAGGAGGAGCUGGAGAACACUCCGUCGGUGUUCAUUUCAGCCGAUGGUGACGGUGAGAGUGCUAUCAGUAAGAUAAAGAUCGAAAGCAACCAUCAUCAGCAGCGUUCGUUCGAUAUCGGUGAACCGAUCAGCCUGACGUUGAUCAACCCGGGCUCGACGGAGAUCUUAAGCACUUCACCAAAUGAUAAGCCCGGAGAGGUGGCCACCUCGCAACUGGUCACAAGCAGCAACACGAACGGUGUCAGUAGCAUCAACAUCUCCUCAACGGAGCAACACGGCGCUGGUGGCGUAACGCUGGUCAAGCCCAUGCUAAACGGCAGUGGUGGCAUGUCGAAGUUUUCCUUGCUCGCCGACAACAUCGUCACCAUCUCGACGGCACUCGACGGGCAGGAGGAACUCGGCAACGAAUCGCAACCAUCCUCGAUCGUCAUGAUCGACGACGAGAAGCUCGACUUCAGUCUACAAACUUUGGAUGAUUUCGACGACUCGAUGGUAACGCCGCCACCUCCGGUGGACUUUGCCAACAACGAGCGUGAAGACGAUGUCCACCAUGGCCAGCGCACGGUAACCUCCAUCGAAACGGAGGUGAAGAGUGCCACAGUUACCAAUGGUGCUAGUGCCGUCGAGCCACCGCAACCUCCGCAGCGCAGUUCGAUCACGAUGAAUCGCCGUGGAAGUAGUGGACUACAAGCGCCGGGUGCCCCCAUGACCAACGGCGGCAGUGGUGUUGGUUUCGUGACCGAAAUCACCCUGAAAACCUCCGAACCGACCAUGGCCAUCACGCCACCAAUGGCUGCCGAACGUCCGCACCAGAUGAACGGAAUCACCACCACCACCACUACCAGUCCUACGGGCAAACCACCGAUCGUUUCGAAGAAACCACCGAAACCGGACAGCAAACCGACGACACCACCAUCCCGGAUACCGGUCGAGCGGCGCAUGUCCAGCGAGCACAGUUUCAUACCGCGCAACACCGAGAUCAAGUUUACCACGGCCACAUACGAAUCGUCCGCGACCGGCACACGGACCCCAACCACUCCGCGUCCCCACGGCGCCGGUGGCAUCGAUCAGCUGCGGUCGACCUUUGAGCGCUCGAACUCCAAGACGGAAAUUCCCGUACUGAUCCGCCGCACGUCGAUCCCGUCGAUCAGCCUGUCCCCGUCCGGCUCGGUGACCAGUGGUGGAAGCAGCAGCAGCACCACCGGCGGCUCGAUGAGCAACCUCAGCUCGAUUUCCGGUGGCUCGCAAACCAAAGCCAGCCCGUCCCGCAUCCCGGUGUUCAAUUCGGUCGGAUCGUUGGCCAAACUCGGCCAGAAUGGGCACGACGGUGGAACCAACGGAAGCCGAUCGCCACCCUCGCCGGCACCGCAAACGAACGGCACUUCCGGUUACCACCACACGAACGGGAUUCACAAUAACAAUAACAACAGUCUGAUCAACAACAAGGUGUCGGUCAGCAUCACCUCCAUUAAAAAUCAGGCCAAGUAUCCAAGCGGUAAAUUUUAA